ACGCCGCGCGACAGGUAGCCCGAUCGCGCAUCGCGAGGCGCGUGGCCCGAGGCGUGGUCCCUGCCCGCGUUGUUGUGAUGGCGAUAGGCGGCUCCGCUUGUGUUCGGUAGUCUCUCGCCGAAACUGAUUAAGCUCACUCCUGACGUCGUCGACGUCGUUCCGCACCCGCGCGAUGGGCGUUCUUCACGGGCACGACAGCGUCGCUGCACACAAUGGCAGCUGGACCGGCACGGCGACGACGCCGCUGCCGGCCGCCCUGGACGUCGGCGGCGACCCCACGCUCAUCGCCAAGGUGACGGCGAUGGCCGUGCUGGGGCUGGCGUCGCUCUCGCUGGGGCUGGCGCCGCUCAAGCUGGCCGUCUGGCUGGGCUGGGACCGGCACGCCAAGGCCUCGGCCAACGGCCCCGCCGACGCCAUCCAUGGCCACGGCAGCCCGGCGAACGGCGGCGCCAUGCUGUCCUCGCUGCUCUGCUUCGGCGGCGGCGUGCUCAUGUGCACCACGUUCCUGCACAUGCUUCCCGAGGUGCAGGAGGCCUUCGGUGAGCUGGAGGAGGGCGGCACCCUCCCCGAGUCCUUCGCGGACAUCGCGCCGUACCUCCUCAUGUGCAUCGGGUUCUUCAUCAUGUACCUGGUGGAGGAGCUCGUGCACAUGUACCUGCACUGGCGCAGCGGCAAGCACGGCCACAGCCACGGCCACAGCCACGGCCACGGUGACCACGGCCACAGCCACGGCCACGGACAUGGCCAUGGAGAGGGGCACUCCAACCUCGCCAACAUCAGCCUGACCUACGACGUGGAGGACGCCAAGAAGUCCCCGAUCAAGUCCAUCAAGUGGCGCUCCCGGGACUGCAAGCCGUCCACCGUCGUCCUAGAGUACGCCGACGGCUCGGAAGUCAAGUCUGAGGUGCCCAACGAGUACCUGGUGUCGGCGGUGACCUUCGCCACGCCGUGGGGGCUGCACGCCAGCCCGGCCGCCGAGAAGCAGUUCCUGCGCGUGGACGCGGAGCGGCCGUGCUGCAAGGGCGUGCCGCGCCUGCACUCCAUGACGUGCCACAAGGCGCACCACGAGCUGGAGAUGGACGCCGCCAUGCCCGACUUCAUGGCGGGCGCCAACAACCACUCCCACGCCGUGCCCGUGGCCGAGGGCGACGUGGACCCCGACGAGGACGCCGUGGUGGUGGCCAUCCGCGGCCUGCUCAUCGUGCUGGCCCUGUCCGUGCACGAGCUGUUCGAGGGGCUGGCCGUCGGCCUGGAGGGCUCGGCCAGCAACGUGUGGUACAUGCUGGUGGCCGUCGCCUGCCACAAGCUGGUCAUCGCCUUCUGCAUCGGCGUCGAGCUCGUCGCCAUGCGCACCAGGACCAUGCUGCACGUCCUGUACGUCUUCACGUUCGCCGUCGUGUCGCCCCUCGGCAUCGGCGUCGGCAUCCUGGUCACCGAGAACUACACCAACGUGGAGGGCGGCGUGGUGCCCACGUUACUGCAGGGUCUGGCCACCGGCACCCUCCUCUACGUCGUCUUCUUCGAGAUCCUGGAGCGACAGCGCGCGGGCGGCCACUCUGGAAUUCGCCAGUACCUGGCAGUCCUCGUCGGCUUCCUCGUCAUGUUCGGCAUGAUGUUCAUCGGGGGCCACGAGCACCACCACGACCAUGAUCAUGACCAUGACCAUGUCAGCGAACACAUCCUCAAGGCCAGCAACUACACCGUGCUGCACACCCAUUAAAAUUUAAUUGUUGUGCCACCGCAAAAACAGAUGACAUGGUGUGAGGUUUACUUUGGUGAAAGCAGGGUUCAGGAUCUCAACUGCAAAAGCUAGACUUUACAUUCGCGGGAGGAAAAGUAAUAUAUAGUGCCAUAUUGUGGUAUAGUAAGCUCGAGACUCGUGGGAGACAAUGCUGUUUCGCGGAGAUUUCGACUUCUGACUUUCGUGAGGUUGUGGUAGAAUGCAUUGGUUGUUAAAUGCACACUAGAAUCUCUGUGUCUGAGAAGGAGGGAGUUGAAAAUGAAGUGUUCGGUGUUAGUAUUACCUUAUUUUAAUUAAUUUAAUGGAUUUCAUUUGUACAUUAUGCAGCGCUCUUAGACACUUUUGUGUGUUUUGUGCCUGUGAUAUGAGGAGAUCACGAUGAUGACACAAUAAAAAGAACAUCUUUUGAGCUCCUUAGCUCCGAGUGCCUUUUCCUUAACGAAAAUGCGCUGUGUGUCCUGGCUUGAUGUGGUUCCGACUGAGCUAUUAAGUUCUCAGGGUUUCUUGAGAAAAGCCUUCAUGAAGUCUGAUUUAGAAUGUCCUUAUAUAAACACAUACUUUAUACUUAUGUAAUUUUGUGAUAACCUUAUCUUAUAUUGUUAGGCAUUGAUUCAGUUUUAGUAAUGUAUUUCGAGUUUUACUGUGAAAAAUUAUGUAAAUGAUGGUUGGUACGGUUGAGGAAUAAAAGUUUGAUAGAACUUUUAUGAGAA